AAAGUGCUACGGAAACUAAUAGAAAACUUAAUCGAAAUUAUGAGCAUUUACAAUGAAGAUGAACUAGUACCACCCACUUGGAUAAAUCAAGAAUUUAUACAAAAGAUUUUGAAUCAAUGCGAAAAGGUUGAAACUGUUAAGUUAAUUAAUUUUGACAUAAGCCCUGCUACUCUAAAGGGUGAUCAUUAUGGCAGCAUUAUGUUUAGAUGUAAAGUGACGUAUGAUCUUAAAUCCGAGGGCCUAAAGAAAAGAUCAUUUGUUAUUAAAACUAUACCAGAAGUGGAUUGUAUGAAACGUGAUUUGUUGGAAAAAUGUGGAAUAUUCGAAACUGAAAUCUCUAUGUAUAGUGUAACUUUGCCAAAAAUAGAGAACAUUUUAAAGGAAAUCGGAGAACCCACUAAAAUGGCGGCUCAACUCGUAUACCAGUCUUUAGAACCCAACCAAGUUAUUGUUAUGGAGGAUCUUUGUGCGGCCGGUUAUGAAACAGUACGUGGUCGAAAUUUAACAGAGACUGAAAUCAAAACGGUAUUUUUAAAAAUCGCUAAAUUUCAUGCAGUCACAUAUAUGCUGGGCCAAGAAGACAACCAUGAAAUUGUUACCAAAUACAAUAAAGGUAUUUUCAAUAAUUCCGCCGUUAUGUCUAUGGAUUUUACACGUAAUGGUAUAUGGAAUUUCAUACAAAUGCUAUCAGAACAUCAGGAAUUUGCUGUUUAUUUGGAGAAGGUAAAACUAAUGCAACCCGAUAUGAUGAAAGUUUGCACGGAUCUAUAUAAUGCUUAUAAAUUGAAUAAAGGCCAGGGAGAUAUAUUCGUUUUAAAUCAUGGUGAUCUACAUAUAAAAAAUUUAAUGUUUAAAUUCAAUGAGAACGGUGAAUUGUUAGAUGCCAUAUUUGUGGACUAUCAAAUGAAUUGUUUUGCACCCUCCACAAUUGAUACCAUAUAUUCACAGUACACUAUGUUAAGUGCGGAAUUACGUUUGAGAAAGAACGAAUUUAUGCAUUAUUAUUUUACCGAAUUUAUACGAGUUUUAAAGCGUUUAAACUAUCAAGGUGAAUUGCCCAAGUAUUCAGAUUUUCAAAUUGCCGGCUAUAGAUAUAGACAUUUUGCUGUAUUUUUAAUGUCCACAUUUCUUCCUAUGUUUGCUGGUAUAAUAACUGCAAAAGCGGAGGAUUUGAAGGAUAUGGACAGUUCUAAGUUUUUAGAAAACACCGAUAAUUUAAAUAUGGUCUAUAAGAAUCCGGGCUUUAUAGAUGAUAUGCAAAACUAUUUACCUCAAAUGUUAAAGGAUGGUUAUUUAGAUUAGGUUUGUUUUAAAUAAAGAAUCAUAAGUUAUAGGA